AUGGGCUAUUAUAUUUUGUACUUAAAUUUAGUCAGGUUGGUUGAAGAAAUCAGAAAAAAGGCGGCACUUUUGGAAAGAGAGAUUAAAAACUUGGAGUGUUACGCCAAGGGCGUAGUUGAACGCAUCAGUUUAGAGGAAGCUAACAGAAAUGCACGGCUUCAGGACGAAAGUGGCAAAAAUCUCAGUGAAUUAGAAGGGCGCCUGGAGGAGUUGAAGUCUUCCUUCCGAAAUUUGGUGGACAGUAACAACAAGGAAGAAAGGAUCCAGCGUGGAACACUGUACAGACUGGAAACAGAAAUUGAAGGUAUUGUGCACAAAUACGAUCAAGAGAUGACCGCCUUGCAGUCCGAAUAUGACACUUUGGAUGUGGAAUACACACGAGAGAAGAAGGAGCUUAGUGAAUUGGAGGAAAGAUUCCUUACGCUGGAGGAGGAGUACACAGAAAUACUGGAGGAACGGCGUAUACAAGAGAUGAAUCGACAAAGAGAGGAGGCAGAAACGCUCGCAUUGCAACAGUCUAUCACAACUAUACAAGCCUUCUGGCGCUCUUAUAAGACUCGAAAAGCGGCACAAGCCAGAGGAAGUGGUAAAAGAAAAACAAGAAGAUGACGCUAUUUUGUCAUGAACAGAUAUUAACUUCAAAACAAUCAUGUAAUCCAUUCAUUAGAACAAACCUUGAAAUCAACCCACAUCAUUCAUAUAUAGUGAUGCAGGACGUGAAGCAGUGAUACAAGCGAAACUCCGAAGUCUUCAAUAUACUUAACGGGUCGGGAGUAUACGGAAGUAGCUUUAUUAGUCCAAUCGGACAUGUAGGUUGAGACAUAACCAUAGGUGAACGAUCGGAUUCAUAUAUGCUCCACUUGUUGAAAGCACAAGCUUAGAAACAGUCCUGUCGGGUCAGCAGAGUUAACUGCAUAAAACCGAUCGAGACAGUGUUUGUGAGGUAUGUAUUCACUCGGAUCCCUAACUCAGGCAUAACCCACGAGCGACAAACGCGUGGACACAGCGCCAUAUUCAAGGGAGGUGGAA